CCGAAAAUUGUGGUGGGAGGGUGCUGAAAUGAAACGUAUGAGGGCAGCGGCGAGUUGGGACGCGUCUUUGGAGAGAGACAAGGUGGAGGAGAGGAGAGGACUCGGCGUUAACUUCCAUGUUUAUAUCCCACUCAGAAGGGGAUUCAUAGAGUUAUAGCUCGGGUUUUCAGCCACUGUGAGUCGGCGGAGGAGUCUAGCGGGUUUGUUGACUCCCGGUCUCUUGGUCAUCGGACAGAAGUGCCGUCCAUCCAAUGUGCGUAAAGGGGCUCUAUUUCCUCACCGUCCUGUCUGGACUCGCAGCUUCAGGCGUGCUGCAGGUCAGCGGGAUGCGUAUAUACACGUCUGGGGAUAUGGAGGCGGUCAACGGGACGGAUGUUCGUCUGAAGUGCACAUUUCAUAGUUCUGCCACCAUCAACCCCAACUCCAUCGUCAUCUCCUGGAGCUUCAGACCGCUCAAACCAGGCCGAGAAGAGUCGGUAUUCCACUACCAGCAGCGACCAUAUCCUCCAGUAGACGGCAUUUUCAGGAAGCGUGUUGUUUGGGCAGGUGAUGUCAUGGGCCGUGAUGCCUCCAUCAUACUUCAACAGGUCAAAUUCACCUACAACGGCACUUACAUCUGCCAGGUGAAGAAUCCGCCGGAUGUCCAUGGCACGGUUGGAGAGAUUCGACUCCGUGUCGUCACUACAGCUUCUUUCUCUGAACUUCUCCUUCUGGUGUUGGCCAUCGGAGGCGGUAUCGCCGCUGUGGUCAUCCUCCUCAUCAUCAUUCUGUCCUGCAGGCGGUGCAAGAAGAGGAGACAGAGAGAGCGGGAAGGGAACGAGGAGGCUCCCCGCAAAGAGAGAAAAGACCCCACUGCGUGCCACCCAGCGAGGGCAAUCCACCUCUACGUAUCAGAGACGUCCUUUGAGAUUGACAGUUCAGACGGCAUGAUCUCAGAGGCCAGCACCAAAGACCCAAGCUCAUCAGAGGACGAGGGCCCGAGCUCGGACGACGACGACGAUGGUGAUGACUCCGACUGAGGAGGUGGGGACAGACAGGGCGAGGCAGAAACACUGAUGUGAAGCCAGCCAGGGAGCUCGCUGGAGGGAUGCCCAGAUGGCAUCCAUGGAUUAUGUUCCACGGUUCUGCAGAGUGCAGACUAGAUGAAGAGAGUGCUGCUCCUGCUGCUGCCGUGUCAAAAACAACCACAUUGUUCAAGAACGGAAAGAGAAGGGAAAGAAAAUUCUGUUUCCGAAUAAGAACAAAGAGAUUAGAGUGAUGAAGAUGAAGGCUUUGGAACAGGAUCAGAAGUAGAGUAACUUUACUCUUGAGAGAGUCCAGAUAUCUUCAUAUGAGGGAAGGGAAACUGGAUUUAACCUGCAGGGCUUUGAAAGUGAGAGGCUAUUUAAUCCUGACGUCGGCUUGGCGACUGUCCUGAGAGCACAAAAAGGCCGAUUUAUGUUCAAUAACUUUGUUGUUUUAGAAGUAGAUCUUGCCGGUGGCAAAAUCAGCUGCAACAUGGAACUGAAAGUAGUCAGAAUGAGGAAUUUGUUUUCUGCCAUGAUGAGCCGUAUUGAGACCUUACACUUUUUGACUCAAUGGACAAUAAAAUGUAGAAUCUGAAGAUCAUCUUUCAGGCUGCUCUCAUGCACUCUUUGUAUGUUAUACCUCCAAAAAAUUAUGCAUCAGAAUCUGUAAAAACCCCACGUAAUCAUGAGACAGUAAUUUACGUAGAACCUAUGUAAAUCAUGGGUCCAUGUCAUUGGUUCGACAGCCCAUUGGUUCGACAUCCCAUUAGUCCGACUGUCCGCAGUGCUGAACGGCUCGUGGCGGGCGUAUGGUGCGCCGCGACCAGCUUGAGGCGGAGCAGACUCACGGCUUAUGUGUUUGUCACUUUCUUUUUCAUUUUAACCCACACCAUGAUCUUUUCCUGACCCUAACCAAGUGGUUUUUGUGCCUAAACCUAACCAGACCUUAACCACAGGGCAUCAUGAUGAUUUCGGAACGGACUUAGGAACAAUGAGUUUAAUAUGGUCGGAACAAUGGGAUGUCGAACCAAUGGGCUGUCGAACCAAUGGGCAGUUCCUGUAAAUCAUUAAGGCUCCAAUCGCGUUACGAAAGCGCUGAUGCGGGUAAAGAAAGAAGUAAGAGUAAAAGUCUGCUUAUGGAGGUAGAUGAGUCAAAGGAAUGCACAACUUUCCCCUGGCAUGUUGGUGUUUGUGUCCUGUAUUAAAGUCAAGUCAGUGAUUCUUUGGACAGCGAUGCAAUAUUUGCUGAAAUUACAAAGUCCGCCACGAUACAAAUUCGAUACGAUGCGAUUCAGGGUCUGCAGUCAAUAUGAGACGAUAUUUUCUGGCCAUUUAACGCAAUCUGUUACAGAAGAAGCUGCCACCCCUUUCUUUUUUGCUUUUGACCAUAAAACACAUAAAUAAUGUAAGUAAUUGUAACUGCUUAAGUGCAGUAAAAUUCCUUUAUACUGACACCAAGCCCUUUCUGGAAGAAAUCAUUUCAUUUUAAUCCAAACCAUGAUCUUUAUCAUGAAACUUCAGGUCUAUCUGGCUUAAAGCCCUGAAACUUCUCCCAACAGCCAUAAAACAUGGAUCAACAACAACAUUGUUUAACAAAAGUACCAAAUUCAGCUCAGUAAAAACUGUCAAGGUUCAUAGACAUGUCAAUUGUUUUUUGCUAGUCGCCCAUUAUUAGCUCAAGCAUGUUUACAUUGCAUAUGUUAGCGUAGCGGCUAGCGAACUUUCCUCCAUUCAUAACUUAACUAAUUUUGUGUAUUAUUUAUACUUUGUCUUACUCACCGUUGGUUUAAGUCUCUCCACCUCCCGACAGAACAGCUCAGCUGAAUUUCAGCCUGCAUGCACGUUUCUUCAGCCGAACAUUGUCGAAACAGAGCAGCUAAAGUUAUUGUAUCCAGGCAGGUAACGCUACGUCGUGUUUUAUCUCGUAACGGCAUUGUUUACAUACACCAUGUGCUCUGUCUGUUGACCCCUUUUUUCUCCAAAAUAUGUCCACACUCCAGAGAAAAUAACAUUACCCUUGUCAUCUUUCUCUCUGCUUCUUGCUGCCUGCUGCUAUUUGACGGUGACACAGUCUUUCAAAAUAAAAGCGGAUCCUAAAGAUGACGAUAUGGAUCGACGUUUUCACUUUGCAUCGAUGAAACUGGAUUGUUCCACAUUGAAUUGAUACAUUGAUCCAGAUCGAUGGAUUGUUACACCCCUUACAUUAAGCACACAGUGGCGACGCCUAACCAUGAUUCUUUUCCAAAACGUAACCAAUGUAACUUCAUUUUAAGAACAUAACUUUAUGUAAAUACGUAACAUAAUGACACCUGGCUAUGAUCCUUUUCCUAAACCUAACCUAACCCAUCGGGGGGCCAAUUUCUUGGGUGCUGAUUUGAUAGAUAUAGGAUAUUGUGGUAUGUGAAUUUUUUGUUAGAUAUAUGAAUUGCUGUAGGUGAUUUUUUAAAGAUAUUAUAUGAACUGUUGUUUGAGGAUACGUUGCAUAUUUUAGUUUUACAAUUCAGUCAUUAGGGAUAAUGUAAGUCUUGCAUUUCAGUUGGUUACGCACAACCGUCAUAAUUCCUGCCAGUGUCAGAGCACUUGUUAAAAGCAGUUUUAUCCUCUAUCUGUAGGCUGAAGGACUUCUGUCCCAUCAGGUUACCUGGAUAAAAGAGCAUAAAUGUGAUGUUGCUGUCAUUAAGUCUGAAGGCCAAAAACUCGAUGAGUCAGUCAUGCACGCACCUGUCCUGAGUGUUGUGUGGGAGCGCACAGUCAGAUCUGAAAACCCUCUGAUUGCAAAACGUCCUUGAGAGCCCAUUUCCUCGUGCACCUGUGAACACAUCAAGUCUACUAACAAAUGAUUGUAAUGCCUGUCUUUCUUUCCUCAUGUUACAGACUUUUGUACCUGUGAUGUAAUACUGAGUGAUAUGUUUAUAGAUUGUUUUUUUUUGUCUAUUUUUUUAGAUAAUGCCAGAAGUAUUUUAUCACAUUGUUUAAAUUGUCACUCUAUGUGUUUGUUAUAGAGCUUUUAUAUAUAUAUAUAUAUAUAAAAAAAGAUUUUCUAAUAAAAAUGCCUUAAAAUCUUCA